CAGGACGGAAAGUACGCUGCUCUCUCCUCGCGAGAUAUGUGAGCGGCCAUCUUGUUCCUGCCCCUGACAAUAUCGGGUCGGGGUCACAGGGACACUGAGACAGCUGUCUGGACCUUCGCGGACGAUGCUGUCCCGGGUGGUACUUUCUGCCGCCGCCGCAGCGGCCCCGUGCCUGAGGAACGCGGCCGUCCUGGGACCAGGGGUGUUACAGGCAACAAGGGUCUUUCACACAGGACAGCCACGUCUUGCCCCUGUACCGCCUCUUCCUGAAUAUGGAGGAAAAGUACGUCUUGGGCUGAUUCCUGAGGAAUUUUUCCAGUUCCUUUACCCUAAAACUGGUGUAACAGGACCCUACGUGCUUGGGACUGGGCUUUGCUUGUAUUUUUUAUCCAAAGAAAUCUAUGUGAUCACCCCAGAGACGUUCUCGACCAUAUCAGUAGUAGGGCUGAUUGUCUAUGUGAUUAAGAAGUAUGGCGCCUCCAUUGGAGAGUUUAUCGAUAAACUUAACGAGCAAAAAAUUGCUGAACUAGAAGAAGUAAAGCAGUUGACCAUCAAACAGAUCCAGGAUGCAAUUGACAUGGAGAAGGCACAGCAGGCUCUGGUUCAGAAGCGCCACUACCUCUUCGACGUUCAGAGGAAUAACAUUGCCCUGGCCUUGGAGGUCACUUACCGAGAACGGCUGCAUAAAGCAUAUAAGGAAGUAAAGAAUCGCCUGGACUAUCACAUUUCUGUACAGGACAUGAUGCGUCGCAAGGAGCAGGAGCACAUGAUAGACUGGGUGGAGAAGCGUGUGGUGCAGAGCAUUUCUGCACAGCAGGAAAAGGAGACAAUUGCCAAGUGCAUUGAGGAUCUAAAGAUGCUCUCACAGAAGGCUCAAGCUCAGCCAGUUAUGUGAAUGUAUCUGUCUCAAUUGAGACGGCCAGAGAGAGUUAACUAGUCCAUGUGAAGAACUCUUCCUGAAUUGCUGUCUAUUGAAAUUACAGUGUACUUUUCCUAAGAAAUGAUCAAGGUCCAUUCAGUGGUUUAACGCUAUUGGCCAGUAAGGUAUUUAUGACCCUUGCU